CGUCACACUCAGAUUCAAAAUGGCCUCUAUUUAUGGAAGGAGUGAAGCUGGCUAAAAUCGCUCGGUUAAUUAUCCAUAACAAACAAUGACAGUAACAGUAGGGCUUUAUUUAAUCUCGCAGUGAAAUGGAAUACUUAAAUAACAAAACAUUGUCGCGGCGUAGUUGAGUCUCUGUAACAUGAGAUCUUGCCCAGCCGCCGAGAGAGGCUCCGCAGCAGGAUUUUAAGUGCCAGUCUAAACGCGGACCAUGAAUGAAAUGGAAAGGGCGGAAAAUGGAGAGUUGGUGCUCGCGUUGUCUGUUGAUCUAAACGAAAAUGAAGAGGGAAACAAAAAACAUCUUAGGCCAGCGUCUAUGGAUUGUAACAUAGCAGAAGUCAAAUCUCGCCUGUUGAAUGACGGAAGCAAAAAGUCAUACCCAGCCGAUAAGGUAGCGCUGCCAGGGACUGGUUAUGUUUAUGUUUCCAGUCAUAGUAAGAAUGUAAACUCAGACGCUGCUCUGUCGUCCUUGCAGGUUACUUCACCGGUGGAGAGCAGCAUUAUGCUCGACUUGAUCCCCGAGGCUCUCCCGGGGCCGAUAAACGACAGCUGUGUCAUUUUAGAACAGCACAGGGAUGGCAUACUAAACGGAUUUCCUGAAUCAUCUGUUGAAACGACGGUGGUGGUGGGUCCGGAGGAUGAGGGAGGGGGUAGCGGGGGGAUCCCUUCCCACCAGACCGCAGCUGUGAGCAGAGACACACCGCAGGAAGGGAACGGAAUGUUACUCUCAACUCGGGCUUCAGAUACUGUCAGGCCCGAGGAGGAACGUGCAAGGGAGACCGAGGAUUCCAACGCGGAUAAACUGGACAAGGGUCAUUUAAAUCCAGAAGCGAGGCCAAAGUCUACUGCUGUCUCUCCGGCAUUGUCAUGUGCUGGUAAGCAUCAGCAGAACUGCACGUGCAUGUCUGCAAUUGCAGACAUGAAACUGUCCAACGGCGACGUUGAUUUGGGCAAUUCGAUCGGUUUUCCAAUGGAUGUGACAUGUGUUGAUCACAGCCAGGAAACGCACUCUUCAGGAGGUCAAAACAAUGAACUUGAUGCCCCUGACGGAGAAACAAAGGUGUCAAAUGGUGGAUUGAUGAUUGUAAACAAUAGCUCUCCUCACAGUAAAAUAUCUAAUCUCACCCCUGGAACCGCAGGUGGCCUUUCCGAUAGCGGCGUAUUGACCCAUCAACUUGAAAACAGCCGUAGCUCGCCCGGGUCGUAUGGCUGCUCCAGUCGAGAGUCUGGCCAUGCUAGCGAGGAGGCUUCUCCGGCUGACCAGCUGACAGACCCGGCUUGCUGGGCUUUCGAGCCUGAGGACGACCUCGUUGAACUUUCCUCUAAGCUCUCCAUAACGCCGUCUCCCGAACGCACCAGCAGCGAAAAUACCCAAACGGAAUCGAGUCUUAGAGAGGAUUCUAGCGAGGCAUAUGGUCCAAGUAGGCCACAAUCGCUCCGGACUACCCCGAGCUAUGCGGUUUCCCUCAGCUGCGACGCGACGCCUCUUAGUCCCGACGAUGGAGAGGGAUAUAUCGGUGCUGAUGAAGGCAUGGAUCCGGACGGGACCUAUAGGAACAGGUUUGAAGUUAGCCGCAGGCAAAGUGCUCCUGACCAGUGGCCGGAUGGGCAGGCAGUGGACGUGGAGAUGAACAGUGAACAGCCGGGCUCAAGCAAGAAACACGGCAUUGCAGAAUUCUUCACCAGAGGCCUCUUCUCCCGAAAGCCCAAAGAGCAGAAGUCUGGGGCUGCCAGCUCACCGGGUUGGAAGUUGUUUGGGAGAAUCCCACCAAGGGACAACAGCUCCAGUAGCAUCCAACAGGACGAUAGCCCAGCCAGGGUCAGUGGCUCUGUGUCCGCACCGAACCUCUCGAUCACGGGGGAGCAUGAGGCGAAGGCGGGGCAAACAGCUGGACCCCACCCCCAGAACCAGCCAAUGAGGAGGAAGAACCUGGAGUUUGAGCCUACAUCUACAACAGCCCUCAUUCUGGAGGAUAGGCCAGCGAACCUUCCGGCCAAGUCUAUGGAGGAGGCCGAGAGACACCGGCAGGAGUAUGAGGAGAUGGUGGCGGGAGCCAAGAGGAGAGAGCUGAAGGAGGCUCAGAGGAAGAAGAGGCAGAUGAAGGAGCGCUUCAAGCAGGAGGAGAGCAUCGCCGUCGCCAUGGUGAUCUGGAACACUGAGGUCCUGCCCAACUGGGAGAGCAUGAGGAACACUCGGCGGGUGAGGGAGCUGUGGUGGCAGGGUCUCCCUCCGAGUGUCCGCGGCAAAGUCUGGGGACUCGCCAUCGGCAACGAGCUCAACAUCACUCCAGAGCUUUAUGAGAUCUUUUUAUCGAGAGCCAAAGAGAAAUGGAGAAGCUUCAGUGAGACGAGCUCCGAGACCGACGUGGAAGACUGCGGAGCGUCAUUGGCAGACAGAGAGUCCAGUCUGGACCUAAUCAAGUUGGACAUCUCCAGAACAUUUCCCUCCCUGUACAUAUUCCAGAAAGGUGGGCCUUAUCAUGAUCUCCUGCACAGUGUGUUGGGAGCAUACACUUGCUACAGACCAGAUGUGGGCUAUGUCCAGGGCAUGUCCUUUAUUGCUGCAGUGUUGAUUCUGAAUAUGGAAGAGGCCGAUGCCUUCAUUGCCUUUGCCAACCUGCUCAACAAACCUUGUCAGAUGGCCUUCUUCAGAGUGGACCACGACCUGAUGCUGAAAUACUUUGCGGCGUUUGAGGUGUUCUUUGAAGAGAACCUGCCUCGUCUCUUUCAGCACUUCCAGAACAACAGCCUGACGCCAGAUUUCUACCUGAUCGACUGGAUCUUUACGCUGUACAGUAAGUCCCUCCCUCUGGACGUGGCGUGUCGGGUGUGGGACGUGUUCUGUCGGGACGGGGAGGAGGCGCUGUUUCGUACGGGCCUGGGCAUCUUGCGGCUCUACCAGGACGUGCUGCUCCAGAUGGACUUCAUCCACAGCGCCCAGUUCCUCUCACGCCUGCCUGACAACACGCCCGCACACACACUCUUCAACUGCAUCGCCAACACACACAUGCUCAGCAACAACCGCAGGUGGAAUCAGGUGUUUGCAGCUCUGAUGAAGGACGGGAGCAGUGUUGCAGACCGCAACAACAGCCCGGCCCUGAGGAGAUGAAGCCUGAUGGUGGUUUCACACACACACACACCUGAGUCUCUCUCUCUCUCACACACACACACCUGAGUCUCUCUCUCUCACACACACACACACACCUGAGUCUCUCUCUCUCUCUCUCUCUCUCUGUCUCUCUCACACACACAUACACACACACACACACACACACACACAUACACCUGAGCGAGCAGGAGGAGACCAGUGGAGCCUGGAGUCUUCUGGCACCUUCUUCAGUAUUUCAAAAGGUUUCAGUCCUCUGUGUGUGUGUGUGUGUGUGUAUGUCUUUGUAUGUGCGCAUGUGUGUGAGGGAGAGCAUGAAAGAUGGCUGCGGUGUGUUAAAGAAAGACAAAUAAGUGUGUGUUUGUGUGUGUGAGACCCAGGUAGCGUUUGACUGUCGUGGCCCCUGGACCUCUGAGCCUUAAACCCCAGCCUGGCGCUUGCUCAGAAGACCCCCUUUCUGCCAGGAACAGAGACUGCUGUGGGACCCACUCCAUGCAACACAACAUGUGCCACUAUACUCAUUACACAUAUACAGGGGGACUGCAUGCACACACACACACACACACACACACACACUCCACUCAAACCAGCCCAUUAGGGUUCAGUGCCAAUGUUUGUGCUUCGUAAAGCAAGUCUGAGCUUGCUAUUAGACGCAGCACUGCUAUACAUUGCUUUUGUAUCUGUGUGGAAGACUUCUGCUCUGUCCUACGUAUGCGUAUGCGUUGCGUGAAUUGAGGAAGUUAGUGUGUGUGUGCUUUUUGGCUGUUCUUGAGGAACAGCUAUAUUAAUGAGGCUGCUACCUUAGGCCUUUUUCUGACCCCCCCCCCCCCCUUUUUUUUCUUGGACACUCCAAAGUUUGAGCAAACUCAUGAGUUUAAAGACAUUACAGAACAAGUGCAAUAGUGCGGCCUAGACGUACAGAUUGUGCUGGCCAGACAUGCGGUCAGCCCAGCUACAUAACAGACCUGCCAUCACUUGCAGUCCAUGACGUCAUGGCACUGUAAGUAGUGGAGAGACCUACGUUAUGCAUUCAGUCAGCCGUCUCCAGUUAUUUACAAACAGGACUGUUUUUGUUUGUUUGUUUGUUUGUUUGUUUGUUUGUUUGUUUUGAAUUCAUGGUCGCUGUGUGUGUAGAUUAUUUCUGUUAAACCUUUUAUUUAAAGUUGUAUAAUUCUUUUUUUGUAUUUUAAUUUAAGCCUGAAUCAUUUAGCCAGUUUUUUUCUAUAUCUUACUUUUUUUUAAUUUCAAAACUCACUACUGUACAGUUUUCUUACAUUCUACUGGUAAUGUAUAUGUAUAUAUA